AUGGACUCGUCGGAGCUCUCUUUAGACCGCAUACAGGAGUAUCUCGCCGACCUUGGCUAUCAAGGAGUUCCAGAGGAAACUCUUCUGCAGCUGAAGGGCGAGUUGCUGCGUCGUAUGGCCAGUGGAAUGAGAGACACAGAACAAGACUACGAAGACGAUCACGAGGAAGCCCCCAUUAGACACCGCCGUAGAAAGCAGCGCAGACAUAGUCCCGAGGCUGAGGAGGAUUCGCCUCAGGACGAGUUGCACCCGCAGCCUUUAACUCACGAUAGAGGUUACGUGUCUGCGCACAUGCCGGAGCAGCCACGGACGGCUCCUGCUCCUCAACGAAAAAUGCACCGGCAAGAUAUAAAUGAAUAUGAUGAGUACUACGACCCUCACGAGGAUAGUAAGCCAUCAAGUGGAUACUACAAGCAGAGGCCAGUCAGUGGAGACUCUUACAGCAAUAUGCGCCUCUCCCGCAAAACCAACUCUGCACGACCCAUGGGCCAGAGUAGCGGAUAUGGCCAACCGUUUUAUCGACAGAGCACACAAAUGUCACAAAGGUACCGAUCGGAUGGGACGGACCCUUAUGAUCCUGCCGCCAAGUCUGCCAUGUUUAACUCUGGCACUAGUAAGUAUACACUCAAGGAGAAGAAGCUCAGAAAGUCUGAUCCUGUGAGCAACUGGGCUAGAUACACAGAUAUGUGGGACGUGCAGGGAGGCCUCGAUGACGUCAGAAAGCGGGAAACGCGACCGAAGUACAUGAACAGUGCGUCCAUUAGAAGUGCAGUAUAUAGGCCAGCCUAUGACUAG